GUGAGUUUCCCGGAUUAUCUUAUCUUGUCCUGUCCUGCAUUCGUUUUGCGAACAGAUACAAUGUACCACUGAGCUGGAUGUAUCGAAAACUGCAAUCUGCUGUUUAAGAGCCAAUGAGACUGAGGAUUUGAAACAGAAGUGCAUCCGAUUGCAAAAAAAGAUGUGUAAGGCCACAGGAAGCCAUUUGUUUCAUCAAGAAACAUCUCAAACAGCAUCUUGGUGGACGUCCAUAAUUUGGUGCAGCAUCCCAGUUUUGGAAACAGCAUUAUAAGUAAAAGAGGACCAUCUUUUAUCUUCUGGUUUGGAGUAGGAUCAUAAUACUUGAAGAUCUGUUGAGAGCUUUAUUUGACUAUUGACUAUUUGAUAAUUUGGUUAAAUGGUUCAAUUCUAGAGUCUAAAAGGACUACCCUUUGAUGGUCAGAUAUCUUACUGGUCUGUUUAGGAGUUCCUACUAUACUUUGCACGGUGGUGGACUUCCAUAAUUUGGUUGAACAACCUCACUUCUGGGUGCAAAAUAUAUGCAAAAAAUGACUUCCUGGUAUCUUGGUCUACGUUAGAGUUGCUGAAGAUCAAACUUCCAUAGUUUGGUAAAGAUCUCAGUUGCUGGGGACAAAAUAUAAGUAAGAAAGAACUAACCAUUCAUAAUCUGGUAUCUUCUUGGUCUAUUUUGGAGUUCCUGAAGAUCAAACUACUUGAAAAUACUUUUAUCCAGAACUUCCUAUCUUGAUGGACUUGGUGAAAGAUCUCAAUUCUGGGGUCAAAAUAGUCAGAGGGGACUACCCAUUCAAAAUCUGGUGUCUUCGUGGUCUAGCUGGUAAUAAAUCUCAGUUAUAGAGGUAAACAUGAAGUUGGUUAAGUUCUUAAUAGUUUUCAUUCUGAGUUUGGAGUUCACCUCAGUCCUCUCUCAGAAUGACACAGAUCCCAUUGUCCUGGAGGGGAAGUGUCUGGUGGUCUGUGAUUCUACUCCCACUUCAGAGCCGGCUGGGACGGCGUUGGGAAUGUCGGUGCGCUCUGGAACUGGGAAAGUGGCUUUUUCUGCAAUUCGGAAUACCAACCAUGAACCGUCGGAAAUGAGCAACCGUACAAUGACGAUCUACUUUGAUCAGAUCCUGGUUAAUGUCGGGAAUCAUUUUGAUCCAGCCAGAAGCAUGUUCAUCGCCCCCAGGAAAGGAGUAUACAGCUUCUGCUUCCACGUGGUCAAAGUGUACAACAGACAGACCAUACAGGUGUCUCUGGUGUUGAACAGCUGGCCUGUGAUCACUGCCUUCGCUGGGGACCAGGAUGUCACAAGAGAGGCCGCCACUAACGCAGGGCUCAUGACCAUGGAGAAGGGAGACAAGGCCUACCUGAAACUGGAGAGGGGAAACCUGAUGGGGGGCUGGAAAUAUUCCACCUUCUCCGGCUUCCUGGUCUUUCCACUGUAAUCCCAGAAUUAAGAACAGUUAAGAUUAGUUAGGAAGUAUGAAACAACACCACCAACAACAACAACAAUUUCACAUUUCUGUAGCGCCUUUCAUCACAAGGAUCACACUCAAUUCAACCACUCAGUUAAAAACAGUGUAAUACAGAAUUUGAUAAAACAGAAAUUAAGACAAGA